UCGGCUGCAGGUGAAGGCAUCGCCGGAUUGGGGGGGGGCGCUGCUCCACGGCUCUUCUGCGGCGGAAGAGGUACGGGGAUGAUGGCAAUGCUGUUUCUGAAUACUAUCAGGUCUGUCGGUAACUUUCUGCCCCCUCCCAAAUGCCUCAUCUUCUGCAACACAGGCUGCGAUAUUAGACAAGCGUGUAAGUUAAUUCCCAUUCUCAAGUCACACAUUGCAGGAGGAUAGCUGCAUGCUUUUGUUGGGGGCAAGUGAGAGGCAUCUAGUUAGUUUAUUGCGCCAUAAGCAAUUUUUUUUUUGCAGGUGAUAUGCUACAUGACCAAAUAGAAACGUGGUAGGAAGGCUUCCAGCAUAUCUAAUAUAUACAUCGUGUGCCGUUUCCCCUGAAGUUAUGGGACUAAUUUCUAACGCAGAAUGUCGGUGAACCAUUUAUUUGGGAAUAAGAAGAGAAACAGCUCCAUAUUGUAUGGUGUGGAUCAGGCAAAAGUUACCACUUCGCCAUUAUCUCUCCAGAGAGCUACAAGCCGAAGGAAUAUUGGGAACUGUGAAGAUGGCUUUCCCCCAAGCAAGCGUUACAAAAGUAAUGCUGGGACUGAGCAUAAAGAACUGCAGGAUCCGUUUGGGGACAAUGAUGACUUUACAGCAGAUGAUUUGGAGGAGAUAGAUAUUAUUGCUUCCCAGGCAUUGACACAAAACACUUCUAUAAAUGCAAACACAGUGAAACCUAAGCAGAAUGUGGAGCUGUCUUCCCAUCCAAAUAGCACCAUCGAAACAUCUGACCAUAUUAAGCAAUGGAAUAUUGCCCCCCAAUCUACAGGACAGUUUGGAAGUAGCACAGAAGAAACCUCAACAAAAUACCAAUUUAGACUUGAGGCACUUCAAGCACAAUAUGAGGAAGCUGAGAAAAAGCUGAAGGAAAUGAAGGAUGAAAUCCUAAUAAAAAAUGGAGAAAUCAGAAUUUUACGGGAUUCAAUGCAGCAGAUGGAAUCCACUGCGGAGGAACAGCGAAAAUCAUAUGCGCUACUAGAAAUGGAGAAAGCUCAAACUAUAUGUGAAAAAGAAAAGGAAUUUUCCAGAAAGUUGGAGUCUCUGAAGUCUGAGCUGCAGUUCAGAGAUGCAGAAAUGAAUGAGCUGAGAAUGAAGCUUUCAAACUGUGAAAGAGUUAAACCUGUUACUCCUUCAAUGCCAUAUACCAGUCCAAAGAAGAGCCCUCGUAACAUUUCAAAAGCUGAAGAAUGUACUCAGGAGAAGAAAAGUUUCCCCACUAAAGAUUCUUUUCGAUCUGAGGUUUCGCCGAAACCAUCGUACUCCAGAACACAAUUGUGUGUCCAAGCGUUGCCAUUUAUUAAGGACAGUAAGAUGCCUAACCAAGAAAAUGAGCUUGUGAAGCAAGAAACACGUUUGAAUAUCUUUGCUCAAAGAAAAGGUUCCAUUUUGAUCAAUGCAUUGCUGAAACAGCCUGUCAUUCCUGAAUCAUCACUAGGACUCUGCUAUCUUCUUAGCUGUAACACUGAUGCUCAGUCCGGACCUUCUGUGCAGUCGAGUUCUUUCAAUACAGGAUCUACAGGAAGCAUCAGCAACAGGAGUGCAAGCUCUGAGGAAGAAGAAACUUCACUGAGAAUCGCUCAAAAGCUUGCCUUAACUGGAUUGAAUUUGAUUGCUGUGGACGAAGGCUCGUUGGCAGAAAACUCAGAAGAAACCGAGCAAAGAAUAUCCCACCUUAAGCGCUAUAAAAUUCCUGGAGCAAUACAUCUUCUUCCUCUCCUUGAACAUCAUAUUGGUGCAUACCACCAAGCCCUCCUCCUAAUGAUGAAGACAGGAAGCUCUUCUGGGAACCAAUCUGCUUGCUCUUCCAGGACCUCCUCAAGUGCGGCAUCAAGUGUAGAUGAUUAUUUGUCUACUCUGGAAGAGUUUGCACUUGUGUCCCUGGGCAUUCUUUAUUAUUUGGUAUCCUAUAGCUGGGAUGUUCUUUAUACACUGCUCUCCCUUACCAUGAAACCGGAUUGUGGUUUGGGAGCUCCAGAAAUUCUGGAGAAGGAUGAAGCUGCUCGCAGUAAGCAGUGCAGAGUCAUUCUUCAGGAGCCCAGUCCAGACCUAAAUUCUGCUAAUGUGGACCAGUCCCAACAUCCUCUAUUUAAAAAGGUGCUGCAGCUCUUGGCUUCGUGUGCUACAGCAGCAGGGUACCAAAGACAUGGAAUCAUGAAUCAGUGUCUCAGAGUUCUGGUGAAAUUAGCUGAAAAGUCAACGGUUGAUUUACUUAUAAGCUUUCAGCAUUUAUUGAACGGACAAACACAGACUCUCCUCCGCUGCCUGUCUUCUGACUCUCCCUUGUUUGCUGUCCAUCUGACUGUUCAGUUGUUAACUUUAUUUGCUCAGCACUUGGAGCUGGCUGCUCAGUUUUGUUCUUGUUCAGAAACCUGUCUCCUCUUGGCACUGUACACGUAUAUUACAUCACGACCAGAUAAGUCAGCGUCUGAGAUGCGUUGGCUGCAGUUGGAACAAGAGACUGUUCGCUUGCUGACCAAGUGUGCGCAGUGCUGCAGCAACUCUGUUUCACUGGUUGGAACAGACUGCCAGUGCAACUCUGAGGUAGUGAAGGCUCUUAUUAUAAUGAUGCAUAGACAAUGGCUGACGGUCAGAAGGGUGGAAGGAAACUUGUUCGAUGUGUGUGGAAAGCAAGUUGUUCGGUUUUUACGGGACACUGUUUUGCUCUUACACAGUUUGUCUCAAAGGGAUAAACUCUUCCAUGAACAUUGCCUGGAAGUGCUUCAUCAAUAUGAUCACGUCAUGCCUGGUGUCAGAGCCAUCCUCAGAAAAGUUCCAGAUCUGAAAGCCUGUGAAGAACUUGCAUUGGAUGAACUGUACCCAUUGGAACCAGAAGCUGAGGAUCAAGAAAUUGACUGCAGCUGAUCUUGGUUCAAGAAUAUAUUGGUUUACUUUCUAGAAAAGGCAAAUUUGAUAUACUAAACUUGACCCAAGUGUCCAGUAACCAGGAACUAUUCCAAUGGAAGCAGUACGUUGGUUCUUUUUUUAAACUGUUUUACUCAUUUAAUUUGCAGCCUAAUAUAUUGUAAUAUAACACUGGUGGCUGAAGGAUGUGAUAUUAAAAAAUAAAAUCUAAAAAGCUGUUUCUGUGUUUAUGGGAAGGCCUGCUUUGCUCUUCAAAUGUUGUUUUCCUUAGAUCACUGAAUAUUGUGGGAACUUGUAUUUCAUAAAUAUGUAUUUCAAUGUAUUUUCAGAAGAAUGCUUGUGUUCCUAAAACAUACAAUCAACUUCCUGUCUGUGGCAAAUGCUUCACAAGGGCAUGAGUUUCGUUAAAGUCAGUGGGUCUUAAUUCUAAAUUGACUAGCAUAUGAUUGAUUUGUUUGUCAGAAGCGGAAAUGCAUCCCUCCAAGCCCCUCUACUUUGUCCUUAGGACCCCCCAGACCAUGUCCCUCCGUAAGCCCUGCGUUCUACCCUUUUGCCCUUGCUUCAGUUUGUGUGGAACAUGGAUGGUGACAAUCCUUCUCACUUGCCAGGAUGGGGAGAAGGGUGUGUGCAGAGGGUGUAGUUACCUCUGGCUUUUGCAUGACUGUAUAAAAUAUCCCAUCCCUUGCUCUGCACACUUUUGUAUCUACCCUUUCUGACACUUUUAGCCUUAUGUUGUAUACCUGUGAAGGUAUUUCUCACUGCAGAAUCUGCUUUAAGGUGACUGACUGCAGGUACAUCUUCUCUGUUUUUAACUCUAACAGGGCAGGGUCGGAGCCAGGAUUUUCUAGGCUUCUAAAUAGCAUGGAGAGCCUCAGUGAACAGAACAGGCUCCCCUCAGUAGGCAUACAGUAAAGGUAAAUGUAUUCCCCCCCUCUUAUAUUUGUACCCCGCCCAUCUGGCUGGGUUUCCCCAGCCGCUCUGGGUGGCUUCCAACAAAAAUUUAAAAUACAUUAAAAUGUCACACAUUAAAAACUUCCCUGAACAGGGCUGCGUUCAGAUGUCUUCUAAAUGUCAUAUAGCUGUUUAUUUAUUUGACAUCUGAUGGGAGGGCGUUCCACAGGGUGGGUGCCACUACCGAGAAGGCACUCUGCCUGGUUCCCUGUAGCUUUGCUUCUCGCAGUGAGGGAACCGCCAGAAGGCCCUCGGCACUGGAUCUUAGUGUCCGGGCAGAACAAUGGGGGUGGAUAAGCUCCUUCAGGUAUACUGGGGGAAAACCCAAAACACCAAAACCAGAGCAGCGCACAGAAACAAUAUAUAUCCAAUAAUACUGCUUCUGCCAUGCAGUGAUCUUCUCUUUCACUAUAAAUGCAUACACCCAAUCUCCUAGAAGUACCUUGCCCCAGUUUGCCUAGGUCUCUUUCAGAAACUUCUCCACUAGAAAUGCAGCAGUAUAUCUCAUACUUCCUGAGUGCCUGGUUCUAAUAUUUCUGCCUUUAACUGAAAUAAAUCUUUGAAGUAUUGCAUUUCAAGAGGGAGCCACCCUCAUUCUUGAUGAGUUUCAAAGUGGUGCUAUUCACAGUAAGAAUUGUCUAGCUGUAAGGGGGAAAAGUCUCUGGGAAUUAUAGGAGUGUAUUGAGCUACCUCUCUAGGAAUUAUGCUACGUCAGGGACUGAGUCACUAAAAACAAGACCUCACAUGUGUAUUUAAUAACAUCUGUGCGUCCAACACUUAGUAGUGAAAUCAGUUUUAAAGUUGUGUAAGCAUGUUACAGCAGAAACAAUUUAAUUAGUGUUUCAAAUGCUUCUGCUUGCAGUGGGUAAUAUCAAACUCAUAGGAUUGCAACUUAGAGAACAGGUGCUUGUUUUGUUGUUAUGAUGUCCGUAUUAUUUCUGAUUUUCCCAGUAGUAGGUCUAAAGCUCUAGCUACUGAACAGAAACAAAUAUGCUUCUGUGAGAUGUGAGGACAGAGAAAUGGAUACAGUUAACUUUUAUUUUAAAAAGUGGGGGCAAAAUACUUAACCUAAUGCAUAUGAAAAAUGCAUAUGAAAUAUGAAAAAUGACAGGACUACUUCAGUAUCUGAAUUGUAAAAAUCUUCACCAAACUGAAAAAAUAGGCUUUUUUUUUUACAGAAUUCAUUGAAUAACACUUGACUCAUUCUAAUGCUCUGCAAGUUAUAUAUUUUAGCCAUAAUGAAAAUAAUUGACUUAUAUGCUGACAAUAUUUUAAAUGUGGAACAGGAGCAAAUCCAUCCCAUUUCUGUCCCCCGUUAUCCUUUUUGCUAUUAGCAUGAGCCACAAUCGACUAAAACGUGGUCUCGGUGUCUUUGAAAGCCUGCUUGGCUGGUGCCUGCUGCUUACAGUAUAAAGUUUGGGCAGGUUCUACAAUUGUUCUCUCCCAUGAAUGUAAGCAAGCCCCUUUUGUUAUAAACUUGUUUGUAGCUAGUUAUUUUGUCUGUGGAUUUGAGAACAACCUACAUGCUUUCCUCUUGCAGUCUCUCCCCCCCCCCCCAAAGAAGUCAGUUCCAAAGAAGCCAAAACAGGUUAUAAACAGCACGGUACCCUGGCAAAGCUAGAUGCUGCAGUAACAUGC